AAAAGCAAACCCCUAUUUUUUUCUCGGAUUUUCAUAUUACUGCAACAACCACUAAUCCAAAAUAAAUUAUAUAUAAAUAUAAAUUAGAAAAAAAAAAAAGAAUCAAAAACGAAAUUGAGAGAAAAAAUUAGAGAGAUGAAAGUGUUUUUUUGGUAAAUAGCUUAUAUUUAUACAGAGAGUGGUAGUUCAGGUUGGUGAUUGUGCUUUAUUGUCUGUAUUAAUCUUUCUUUCUUUCAAACAAAAAAAAAAAAAAAGGAAAAACCCUAAGCUUAAAGAUUCACUUAUUAUUUGCUCUAAGCUAUUAGAUCUUGCCUCGAUUCGGAUAACUUGCUGAUCUACUGUGUUGACUCAUUGUCAAAUGAGAAGUUGAAAUGCUGAGGAGUUUUUUUUUUUUGAUUGAUUGAAUAUUUCAAUGUUAAUCUGCGAAAAUGUCGUCUUCGUUAGCGGCAUUCGAGCAGCCCAGAGGGGGAGCCUCAAACACGUUUCACAGGUUUUCAAAAGUGGCCCGCUUUUCAUAUCCUCUAAAGGGAUCGGUUGGAAGUCUUGGAAGAAGAGGUGGUUUAUCCUCACACGUACUUCCUUGGUGUUCUUUAAAAAUGAUCCUAGUGCCCUACCACAACGAGGUGGUGAAGUUAAUUUGACUUUGGGGGGCAUUGAUUUGAACAAUUCUGGAAGUGUUGUAGUUAGAGAAGAUAAAAAGUUGUUGACUGUAUUGUUUCCUGAUGGGCGUGAUGGACGGGCUUUCACUCUUAAGGCAGAGACAUCAGAGGAUUUGUAUGAGUGGAAGACAGCUCUAGAACAUGCCCUCACACGAGCGCCAAGUGCUGCACUUGUCAUGGGACACAAUGGGAUUUUCCGAAAUGACACAACUGAUACAAUUGAAGGAUCAUUCCAUCAAUGGAGAGACAAAUGCACUGCUAAAUCAUUGGUUGUUGGAAGACCAAUUUUGCUUGCACUAGAAGAUAUUGAUGGAAGCCCAUCAUUCCUAGAGAAAGCUCUGCAGUUUCUUGAGAAGUUUGGAACUAGAGUGGAGGGAAUUCUACGUCAGUCUGCAGAUGUUGAGGAGGUUGAUCGCAGAGUUCAAGAAUAUGAGCAGGGCAAGACUGAAUUUGGUACUGAUGAGGAUGCUCAUGUUGUGGGAGACUGUGUUAAGCAUGUACUGAGGGAGCUACCCUCAUCCCCAGUUCCUGCAUCCUGCUGUACUGCAUUGCUGGAGGCUUACAAAAUUGAUGGGAAGGAAGCUCGGAUAAGUGCAAUACGCUCUGCCAUAUUAGAGACAUUUCCUGAACCAAACCGGCGUCUGUUACAAAGGAUUCUGAAGAUGAUGCAUACAAUCUCAUCUCAUUCUCAUGAGAAUAGAAUGACUCCAUCUGCUGUUGCUGCUUGCAUGGCACCCUUGCUAUUACGCCCCCUAUUAGCUGGUCUAUGUGAGUUUGAGGAUGACUUUGAUGUUAAUGGCGAUAACUCUGCCCAGCUUCUUGCUGCUGCAAAUGCUGCUAAUAAUGCUCAUGCCAUCAUUACAACUCUUUUGGAGGAGUAUGAGAAUAUUUUUAAUGAUGAAAAUCUACAAAGACGUUCUAUUUCAGCUGAUUCCAGGAUUGAAAACAGUGCUAGUGAAGAUUCUACUGAUGAUGAAAAUCCUGAUAUGAAAGACAAUGGUUACCAUGAUGCAGAAAAUGAAGCUGAUCCAGACACAGAUGAUGAUCCUCAAUGUGUUCUCAGUGGGAAAUUAAGUGAAAGCAGUGGUUAUGCAGGCAGUGAUCUGUAUGACUACAAGGCAUUUGGGGAUGAUGGUUCAGAUGUUGAAUCCCCUAGAGACAAUCAUGCUCAGGCUGAGAGUUCAAGCUUAGCUGUAGAAACUCUACAUAUGAGAGAUCCUGAUGCUCAGCUGGAGGAACAAGGUAAGCUAGAUAAAGGAAAUGAAAAUCCAAUUAAUGAGAUAGAUGUCCCAAGUUUGCUACCUACUGGUGAAUCUUAUCGAUCAAUGGGUGAGAUUCUGUCUUCAAUGGAUCCUGGCUAUCCUAUAUCUGUGCCUGGACUUGAAUCUUCCACUGAGAAGCCAGUUGGUAAAGCUAAAGGCUCCAGUCUUAAUGCAAAGAGAUCAACAUUUUGGGGAAGAAGCAAUGUCAGAAAGACACCGUCAAUGGAAUCUGUUGAUUCUUCUGGCGAAGAAGAGUUUGCUAUACAGAGGCUUGAGAUCACAAAGAAUGACCUGCAACAUCGUAUUGCAAAAGAGGCUAGAGGGAAUGCAAUUUUACAAGCAAGUUUGGAAAGAAGAAAACAAGCUUUGCAUGAUCGUCGCUUGGCGCUUGAACAAGAUGUCUCGAGAUUGCAAGAGCAGCUACAAGCUGAAAGGGAUCUUAGAGCGGCACUUGAAGUUGGGUUGAGCAUUUCAACUGGACAAAUUUCUAGUUCCCAUGGAAUGGAUUCCAAGACGAGGGCUGAGCUUGAGGAGAUUGCUCUUGCUGAAGCUGAUGUGGCUAGAUUGAAGCAGAAGGUUGCAGAACUCCAUCAUCAGCUGAAUCAGCAAAGGCAGCGGCAUUACGGUUCUCUCUCUGAUGCAUGUGACCAUUAUCUACAUGUCCAAAAUCAUAACACUCAACAGAGGUUUCUUCGGCAAGAUUUUGACACAACCCUUGCUUUUUGUAAUCAUGAGAGGAAACAAAGAACAGAGGAGAGUUUGAUAGGGACAGACUGGGGAAAUAUUAAAGGACAGGGAAUGGUGGUUGGCAACAGCAGCAGCAGGCAGCCUACUCGAAAGCAAUUUACGGAUUCAACAAGCUUAAUUGACUCAAAAAGUACCGAGGCAUCAGCAAAUAUGUCUAUGGAUGAGCUUUGUACGGUUGAUUCUGCCUCUAUCCCUUCCACGUCAAGGGCAGCAGAGGUGAUUGAUUAUCCAAGACAUCCAUCAGCAGCUUCUUCUGCUCUGGUAGAAUUAACAAGCCGGCUGGAUUUUUUCAAGGAAAGGCGUUCCCAACUAAUGGAACAGCUCCACAACCUUGAUCUGAACUACGGCACAUCCUCUCAGGAUUUUGUAUACAAACAACCAUCGUCACCCCCAUGGAAAUAACCAAAGGUAAGAGUAUGGUGAAUCUGGAGGAACAAUGUUGUCUUAUUGUACAUCCUAAAUUUGUUUCAUAUAAAUGUAUCUCUUUUACUCUUUGCUCCUUUCAAAUUUUUUUCUUCUCUUUUCCUACUUCCUUUUUCUUUCUUUUUGUUUUUUGGUUGUAAGAAGGUGAUUGGAGUUGUAAGUUGUAACCAUGAUGUUUUAAUUUGUCACGAGACAUUGUAAAGAAAACCAGUAACUUCUGCGAUUUAAGAGCGCUUCUGUGUUAAAUUUUAACAUGGAUAUUCAAUCUAAAAUUAAUGGAUUAUAAGUAGAAAAUUCUGCUAUAUUUAUGUACUCAAGUUAGAUUUUUUUGUCAAAUUUUACCGAAUUGGAUUCAAAUUUAAGCGGAUU